AGUGUUAUGCCUUUAUUAUCAUCAGAUAGAGUAUCAACAAUUGAUGGCCAGUUAUCUAUAAAUAGUCCCAAUCAGUCUAAUCAUUCGGACCUAAAUUUUGGCCAUACAUUGAAUAAUAUAUUGGAUUUAUUGAAAACAUUUAGACAAUUAAAUCUAUUCAACAGUACUAUGACUACUACUACUACUACUACUACUACCAGUGAUGAGGACUCGGAUUUAAUGCCACAGACAGUGAUCAGUGAUAUGGAAGUCAACGACACCGAUGACAACGAUGUCAACGAAAAAGUAUUAGUAGACACAAGUAAUCAAUUUGAUGAAGUAACCAGUGGUAAUGGUAAUGGUAGUUAUCUAUCGGCACCAGUAGUUAAUGAUGUUGACAACCAAUCGACUCUAGUCGAUACACACCAAGUGCUGACUACUACUACUUAUAAAAGACAGUUAACUAAUAGCAAUGAUAACAUUGAUAACAAAAAGUCUACACAUAAUAUGGAUUAA